AUGCUGCUGCUACUGACGUGGAUAGUGGUGAUCGUCACAGCCGUAGUGCUGUACCUUCGCCAAGCCUACGGCUCCCUACGCCGCGAAGGCAUCAACCAUCUGCCAACCGUCCCAUUCUUCGGCAACAUCUUCUGGGUUAUGUUCCAGAAAGAGCACUUUGUUGAUCUCAUAAUGAAGAUUACUAAUGCUUUCCCAGAUGACAAGAUAGUAGGAAACUACGACAUGAUGACUCCUAUACUGAUCAUUCGAGAUCUGGAGAUGUUGAAGCGUAUCACAGUCAAAGAUUUUGAGCACUUCAUAGACCGUCGCAGCUUCACCACUGAGUUGGAUCCUAUGUUUGGUAGAGGUCUGCUGCUUCUGCACGGUGACGAAUGGAAGGCAAUGCGAUCUACAAUGAGUCCAGCCUUCACCAGCUCCAAGAUCCGGCUGAUGGUUCCAUUCAUGGAAGAGGUUUGCUUGGAGAUGGUCAAAGUACUCAAACAGAGGAUCAAAGAUUCUGGAACUUCUUACUACGACAUGGAGUGUAAAGAAGUGAUGACGAGAUACGCGAAUGACGUGAUUGCCUCCUGUGCUUUCGGCCUGAAAGUGGAAUCUCUGACAACAGACAGUGAGUUCUACGUGCACAGCAAGUCAAUCACCAAGUUUACUUUUUGGAGGUUCAUGAAGUUUAUGUUCUACAGGCUUCUACCUUCCGUAGCCGGGAUGAUGCAACUAUCGCUGGUGUCACAGGAGACAACGGACUACUUCACAAACGUAGUCCUUGGUACAAUGAAGGACAGGGAGAAGAACAAGAUUGUUCGGAAUGAUAUGAUCAACAUCCUGAUGGAAGUAAAGAAAGGACAACUUACACACGAGAAAGAAGGUAAAGACGCUGAUGCUGGGUUUGCAACCGUUGAAGAGUCACACGUUGGAAAGAAACAGCAUAAUUAUGAAUGGACCGAUACAGACCUAGUAGCCCAAGCAGCAUUAUUCCUCUUCGCUGGCUUCGACACAAUUUCCACAGCGAUGUCGUUCAUACUGUACGAGCUGGCAAUGAACCCUGACGUGCAGGACCGGCUGGUGCAGGAGAUCAGGGAGUAUGACGCCAAGAACAACGGAAAGAUUGACUACAACAGUAUACAGAGCAUGACUUAUUUAGAUAUGGUGGUGUCAGAGGGUAUGAGACUAUGGCCGCCGGCUCCCUUCAUGGACAGAAUAUGUGUGAACGACUACAACAUUGGGAAACCCAACAAAGAAGCUACAAAGGAUUUAAUCAUUCGCAAGGGGCAGUGUGUGGUGAUCCCGGCGUAUACUCUCCAUCGCAAUCCUGAAUACUUCCCAAACCCUUCAAAGUUCGACCCGGAACGGUUCUCGCAUGAAAACCGGGACAAAAUCGUCCCGUUUACUUAUUUACCGUUCGGGUUGGGUCCUAGGAAUUGUAUUGGAUCUCGUUUUGCCUUGUGUGAGGUGAAAGUAAUGCUGUACCUGCUGCUCCGUGACCUGAAGCUGACCACUUGUGAUAAAACCUGCAUCCCUGCGCGGUUGAGCAAGAAUGGAUUCGAAAUGCUACUCUUUGGAGGUGCCUGGGUUCGAUUGUCUGUUCGCACCUAA